UUCGAUUCUAAGUGGGUCAUGUGAUCAAUUGAUUGGGCUUAAUCCCGUUCAAGAUGGCUGCGAGCUUGCAGUCUAUGGUACAAUAUUGGAAAGAGUUUGAUUUACAGGAACUACAGAAAGAACUAGACACGACAGCAACAGAACUAGCUAACAGACAAGAUGAAAGUGACGCCUCACGUAAAAGAUUAGUAGAUCAGAGUAGAGAAUUCAAGAAAAACACACCUGAGGAUGUUCGUAAAUUAGUUGCACCAUUGUUAAAAAGUUUCCAAGGAGAAGUAGAUUUUUUAUCCAAGAGAAGUAAAGCAGCUGAAGCAGCCUUCUUGUCCAUUUAUAAGAAACUUAUUGAUUUACCAGAUCCUGUUUCUGUGCUGGAGUAUGCUACAACGAUACAAAAGAAAGCUCAGCGAGUUGUAGAUUUAGAAAUAGAAAACAAACAAUUGAGAGAUACACUUGAUGAAUAUAAUCAUGAAUUUGCAGAGGUGAAAAACCAAGAAGUGACAAUCAAACAGUUAAGAGAUAAACUAAAAGACUGUGAAGAAAAGAUAGAAGCCACUGCUGAGGCACGGACGAAAGAAAAGGAGAAGGAAUUACAAAGACUUUUUGCAGAUAAAGAGAGAUAUUUGCAGGAAACACAGUUAGCCGUUGCAAAAAAACUUGGAGAAGCUGAACAACGUGUGACAACCCUUCAUGCAGCACUUGAAAAUGUCCAAUCUGAGUUGUUUGAGGUCAAGGCCAAGUAUGACGAGGCUACCAGUGCCAAGUCUGAUGAAAUGGAGAUGGUGAUGUCUGAGCUUGAACGUGCUAAUGAGAGAGCAGCUGGAUCAGAAAGACAAACAGAACAGUUAAGGCAACAGUUGGUAACAGUAAACCAGAGUCAGAGAGAAGGAGACACUACACAGAAAUCUGCAGACAUGGAAAAGGCAAUAGAUAUGUUACAGAGAUCUGGUUUGGAGGUAGAAUUGGCAGCCAAGGAGAAAGAGAUUUCUCAACUUGUUGAUGAUGUGCAGAGAUUGCAAGCAUCACUAAAUAAAAUGAGGGAGACGACUGCAUCACAGGUGGCUCAUUUAGAGGAAGAACUCACUGUGAAAAAUCAGGCUUUCAAAUAUCUGGAAGAAAAAAUCAAAACACAACAGGAUUAUGAAGAAAUUAAAAGAGAACUCAAUGUUGUAAAGUCCAUGGAGUUUGGUGGCAGUGGUGACCAGGAUGCUAAGUCAAAGUCAUUAGAGACGUUAUUAUUAGAGAAGAACAGAGCAUUACAGUCAGAGAACACCACAUUGAAAGUCUCCAACAGUGAAAUAUCAGGAGAUUCCUCAACUCCGGCCCUUUCCGAAAACACGGAAGCCUUCGCGACCAUGCUUGGAGAAGAAAUAGCAGCUACAUAUCAAGGGGAACAGCGAGAGGAGCAAAAAUCUCCAGACAUUAGACCUGAGUCACCUGAAAGCCCCCCCUCACCCGUCAGUAGUAAAGACACCACUGAAGCAGAGUCGGAAGAGAAAUCGUCACCGAGACCACCAAUGGAAACACAGUCAAGUGUAUCAACCAACGAAGCUUUACAUAUGCCUCCAUUUCCAUCACCCUUUUAUCAAUUUGCCAAUAGCCAUUUUAUGGCAAACUUUAUGGGUAUGAAUCUUGGUGCCAUCAAGGUCGACCCAAAUAAUUCUCAAGGAUUAGAUACGGUUCUUGUAGCUAAAACUGUGCGUGAACUUUUAAGUAUCCAUAAUAUUGGACAGAGACUUUUUGCUAAGCAUGUCCUAGGAUUAUCUCAAGGAACUGUUAGUGAAUUAUUAUCAAAGCCAAAGUCGUGGGAUAAACUGACCGAAAAGGGGAGAGAAUCCUACAGAAAAAUGUACGCUUGGGCAACAGACGAAAGGAAUAUUGUGGCUCUAAAAGCCAUAUCACCUAAAAAAGUAAACAGGGCAGUCAGCAUACCAGGGUCGAAUAGUACUUAUCCUCCAAUGAGCAUACCAGGGGCGAAUAACUCCUAUCCUCCCGUACUCUUCACAGGUUCCCAGCCACUGGUAUCCAGUGUACAGAGAGAAGAUGCUCACACUGAAGAAAGAAUUGCUCAAAUUCUGAACGAGGCACAACAGGCCAUGCAGAUAAAGAAAGCCAUGGAACAGGUACCAGUUUCGGCAUAUCAACAUCAACAAGUUGCUCAUGCAAUGGUCAGCAGUAUAUAUAAACAAGAAAUGUCACGAUUAGCCAUGAUGUCAGGCCACCAUCAUCCUCUGGCCUCACCGACCGGUACACCUUACAGCCAGUCAGACUCCAAUCUCAGCCCUACUGGUCGCAGGGACAGUGAAAGUAGCCUUAGAAAUAACAUUAAUGGUAAUGGCAGAGACUCUAGAGAAAUGGUUGAGAGAAUUUAUCGGCAAGAAUUAAUGAAGUUAGCCCAAGCGGCAGAAAAUGCAGGAAAUAUGGCAGCAAGUUCAAUGUAUCAGAGAGAACUUCAACAGAUGGCAAGAAAAGUUCACAUCCAAGAACAGACAGAACCUGGAGAGAUUAGACGAUCAAGAUCCUCUCCCGACAGGAAUUCCGAUAGGAAUUCAAUUAAAAUGGAACCCCCAGAUAGUACAGUAGAAGAUACAUUGAAUUUAUCCAUAAACAACAACAAUGGCCCAAUCGACUUGAGUAAGCAUGGCAGCUCAGCCCCUACAACACCGACAUCGGGAGGUUCAGACAAAUCACCAUCAACAGAAACUGCUCAUCAAUCUGGUAGUGCCUUUUUCGUCGUUCAGCCAAAGGUCAAUGGCCAUCCUAACAAUUUUGAAAACAACCAGUUUGCCCCUUAUUCGGCCCCUGAGUGUGUAUCACCUUUACAAAGAAUGCAGAAUAUCGCCAAUUCCUUAAUGUCAAGGCCACACAUGGGAAUGGCGGCUGCUAAACCACUGCGAGCAGUUCUACCGGCUAUUACCCAAGAACAGUUUGACAGUUACGCCACUAUAAACACUGAUGACUUGGUCAAACAGGUCAAAGAAACAUUGAGUCAGUACUCAAUAAGCCAAAGAUUGUUUGGAGAAAGUGUUCUGGGGCUCUCUCAGGGGAGCGUAAGUGAUCUGCUUGCUAGGCCAAAACCUUGGCACAUGCUCACACAAAAGGGGAGAGAACCCUUCAUUAGAAUGCAGAUAUUCUUAGAGGACACAGAAGCGAUUCCAAAACUUGUAGCAUCACAGUACCACAUUCCACCAGAAAAACUGAUGAGAAGUGCCUCAAUCCCAAAGCCAAACGAAAUAGUUUCCCCUAGUGACAAGCCAACCAAUCAUGUUCCUGCAACCAGUUCCACCAUUCACCAAGCUCCCACUGAACACCGCCCUCUCAACCACCAACACAAUCUCCAUCUUCAUCACCAACAUCUACAUCCCGCCCACCAAUUUAUGAAUCAUCAUCCGUACAACUGGGCCUCAUUUUCAUAUCCAUCCUCCAUGUUGGAAGUGGUCGCCAUGACAUCAGAGAUUGACACACUUGAGUUGACAUCAAGAAUCAAAGAUGUGCUGCAGUUUCACAAUUUGGGUCAGAAAUUGUUUGGAGAGGCUGUUCUUGGUCUUUCACAAGGCUCAGUCAGUGAAUUAUUGUCAAAGCCAAAACCGUGGCACAUGCUUAGUAUUAAAGGGAGAGAACCCUUCAUAAAAAUGCAUUUAUGGUUGAGUGACCCUCAUAAUGUAGACAGACUUAAACAUUACCAGAAUGAGGUCAAAGCUCAACGUCGUCGUAGAAGUAGUAUAGACGAAAGAUCAUAUGAUUCAUCCUCCAUGCCAAAACGCCCUCGUGUGUUCUUCACUGAAGAACAGAAAGACAAACUACGUCUUGCUUACAACCAGGAUCCCUACCCCAACCAGGGUACAAUAGAAUCCUUAGCUUCAGAGCUCAAUGUAGGUGUCAAAACGGUUAUAAACUGGUUCCAUAAUCAUCGUAUGAGAGCUAAGCAACAGCAGCAUAUUGGCAGUAUGCAGGUUGGAUCUAAUUAUGGAGAUGGGAAUUCCAGCAAUCCAAAUAUAAAGUCAGAACCCAAUGAUGAUAUUUCAAUGCAUAGUGAUAUUUCUAGCUUAUCUGAUGACACAAAUCAUAUGUCGUCAAGUUUCCAUGGAAACCAGCCAAAUAAUCAGUGGCUUUUUCCACAGUUUGAGCCAGCUGUCAUGCAGAAAAUUGCUCAGGAAAGGUCUCGUGAGCAACAAAAUGGCUGCUCAGAAGAAUCUGGUAGCCAAUCCUCCGACAAAGAAGAAACCAAAGAAGCCCACGAUGAUCUGGAUGAUGAAGAUGCUCCAUCCUAUCCUGUGUUUAAUGAUAUUGAUGAGAAUUCAAAUGAUGCAGAUCAGAAUCCAAGUCUGAUUGAACCUUGUCAGAAUAUAUCCCCUGGUGUCAACAAACGCAAGAGGUCAAAUCCAAAAUACGUUUCCGAAGGGAGAGAACUGGACAAAACUAAAAAUAAUAUGUAUGGUGGCAUGUUAAAAAGUUGUGUUUCCAAAGACGAAGGUGUCGAAAUGGACGAUGAUGAUGUUGAAAAGGAAAACGAGUUGGGAAACUACAAAGCUCAAAAUGGCCAGCAUUUAAACAAAAUUGUGAAACUUCAAAAGGCGAUAGAUUCACCUGUUCAAGACUGGGACGAAUUUGACAAUGUUUCAAGUAUUGAAAAAUUAAAGAAGAAUUUACAACAUAGCCCACAGACAGCUGGGACGUGGGAAUUUUAAGUGCACAUGUACUCGGAGAGUUAAUGUUUUGCCUUCUACAAAUGAUAUUAUUGUGAAAUUGUGACACAAAUUAUAAACACAAUCAUGGAAAACAGUAUUUUAUCCUUAAAGGGUAGCUUCUAUAUUUUUAUAUGAAAAAGUACAUUUUUUAUGUGUUUUUCCGUUUUUUUGUCAAUCAUUGACAUUGUGAGUUACAGUUGUUAAAUUUGUGAAUUUUUAUGGCAUAUAUAUGUUAAAAACUUGUUGAUGUAUUUUUAUUGUGAAUUUUUCUCAUUGUUCAAUUUUAUAUAUUUGAUAUUCAUCAUUUUCAAAAGAUCAUGUGACAUUGGUUGCUUGGCAACAAAUUAGAGUAGAAACAUCAUCUCAACCAAAGAUCUCUAGUUGCCAUGGAAGAAUCAUUUGUUUUCGUUCACUUUGUUAUUCGCCUUGUUUAUUGAUAGAAUGAAUGAAAUAAUAGCUUAUUUCCCAAUUAGUUGCAUUUCAGUUGAUAUAGAUAUAGACUAUAGAAAGCAAACAAAAUGGAUGCCUGUCCAAAGGACAAAGGACAUUUGUAUUUUAUUUGGAAAUAGCUAGAUGUGAACUUUGAAUGACCACCCACAAUCCAUUGCAACUUUAACCUUGACUACCUGUGACCUUUGUUUACACAAUGGUGUCUUUUGGCUUCUGGAGUCUGUAAGAACAGAUCUCUUUAAGUAAAAAAAAUCAAAAAGGCUGACAGAUUUGGUAUACGAAAAACCGUGGAUGGUCGCACAGGAUAUUUGCAGUUGAAGUUGCCAACAGCUUUUCUGGAUUAGAAAACAAGUGCUAAAUGGACUGACAGUUAUUUGUAUGGAUCAUAGCGAGAUGUAUAUAGAAUUAUAAUGUGUACAAAAGUGCUUGCUUCGCUAUAUUAUCAAGACGCAUUACUCCAUAUUUUUAUAUACCUUUAUAUAUACUGUUUUCUGUUAAAUCAAAUAUUUCUAAUUCAAAAAUUUUAAUCUGAAGUUGUUAAAGAUAUGUGAGGGAACUUUUUUAAGACAUUAUCAUAAUUAUCAUAAAUAUUGUCAAGUUUUACUAUCAAAACCCAAAGAAAGAAUAUUUAUAUUGUGAAUUAAUUCAAUCAUUUAGAAAAUAGAAGGACUGACUAAGAUAUAGUGUCAUCCAAAAUUCAAGUAUUCCAAAAAAUACUUUAAAAAGUCUGUUCCAACAUUUUGCCUAUUUUAAUUUAAAAAAUAAAUGAGGCUCAGAAAGGGUAAAUUAGAUUUAAAAUAUAGUUUUAUCUAUUUUAAAAAAAUAGUUCGAUUUAUUAGGUUGUAUUAAGAAAGCUUUGUUAUGCGUGUUAUUAUUAUUUUUAUAAUCUAUGUUCCUUGUUUAAUUUGUUCUCAUACAAAAUCCCAAAAUAGCUAUGAUUACUUAUUUAUUAAAAAAUAAUAUAUUGCCAAAAUUUUAAGAAUAAGUAUUAAGAGAUUCAGCUAACAUUGAAACACCUGUAAAUAGGCAUGGUGAGCUUUUAACUCAUUUGUUAAAGAUUAAGUAUCUUGAAUUGGACUAUACAGGCAAUUCCUCAGAAAAAUUAUGAUUUUUUUUUUAUUGGAACCAAAGAAAGAUGAUAGCUAACUGUUAAAUAAAAAAGAGUUUUCUCAACAUUUUAUUUUAAAUAUAUCUUUCAUAUUCAUAGAGAAUUUCUGAUAAGCUAGUUUCAUAAUUAAUUUUUAGGCAUAAGUUUCAAAUAGAAGCUUUGAAUUUGAUAGUAACAGUUACCAAAAUUAGGAAAAGCAAGGAUCAUUAUUUUUAUAGAGUUAUUUCCCUUUCAAAAGGGGAUGUAACUCUUAAACUUUAGUUCAUUUCAUUCUUGACAUUCCUAAAGUUAAAUUUUAUCACAUUUUUCAACUUAAAUGUCAAAGACAGAAAGGUAUUAAUUGCAUUUAUAUCAUUUUCACCAAAUUAUUCAAAAUUGUUGGCAUUACAAGAAAAAAAUUAAAGAAUGAAAUGCAUGGUUUUUUUUCCGGUCAAUAGAAUAACUCAUGUAAAUGAAAUAAACUUUUAAGAUUUUAUUGUGGAAUUAAAUGGUUGUUAAGAUAGAUUUUGAAAUUUUAUAUUUUGCAGGUUAGUAAAGAUAAAUAAGAUAUAUAAAAAAUGAAGUAUUAUUCUACAAAAGAUAUUAGUAUAUUAUAUCGUAAUGAUACCAAAUCACGGUUGAAAGAAACAUGCUCAAGGCUUUUGUAUUUUUAUUUUAUUUGUGUCUUAUAUUUUUGGUUGUCAAUUUUAUUUGGUUGUUGAUUACACUGCCAAGAAAACAAGUAAACAGUUGUUAAAUUUACAUAAAUUUACAUAAAUUUAGUUAACUACAAAAAUCACCCUCAUCCCUACUACUGUUUGUCCAACUGGAGUUUAAUAAUAGAUUGCUUGACAGAAUAUCAUUUCUUAGAUUUAGAGCCAUGAUAUGUAUAAGAGAUGCAUUUGGUCCUCUUGUACUUAAAAUCCUCCAUAGAUAUUUUGAAAAGUUAAUAGGUAUGAAUAAAGGCAACAGUAGUAUACCGUUGUACAAAAGUUAUAAAUGGAUUGAGAGAAAACAAAUCUGGGUUCCAAACUAAAACUGAAGGAAGUUUACCACUGGUCUAAUAGCAUUUAUUUUGUGGUAAAAUAGAUUUUGAGGAUAAAAGUAUGCAUGAAAAUGUAAAAGAACAUUAAAUCCCUAAAACAAGCUUUUGAUAGUUGAAAUAUGUUUUGAUUUUAUAUAAAGGCUUUGAUUCAGUCAACUAAUUUGAAAUAUACAGGAAUGUCCAUCCUACUAGCCAAAGAGAGAUUUGGAAUUUUAUAUUAUUCGAAAAAAAAUUCAGUGUGAGGGGAAUGUUGACUCAUUAGAACAACAUAAAGAUUUUUCAUGCUAUUCAUGGGGGUAAGGCUUUUUUGGAAUAAAAUUUUUGUUGCAAUUUUAGGACUGUAUAGAUUUUAUUUAUGAAAGAUGCUGCAAGUAUCAAUUGAUCUUGGGAGGAAGGAAUGUGUUUUUACCAACAUUAUGUAACUUGUACUUACAAGAAGUUUAUAUCACUCAUUUUAACAGAUUUUAAAUGCAAUUUUUCAUUCAAGAAACCUGGGUAACAACUUGAUGGCUAAAAAUAGAUACAAUCAAAAUAUUUUUAAACUCCAUGUGGACAAGUAAACAAAUAUUAAAACAUAAAAUCUUGUAAAUAUGGCUUCUCUUAUAUAUCAUGCUUUUUAGAGUUAUAGCUUUAGAAAACAAUUAUAUAUUUUAAGUAUUAUUAUAUUAUUUUGAUUGACACAAAUUGAUACAUAAUGUGUUCAGAUUGUAUAUUAUAUCCAAUUGCUCCAUUUAUUCAAAAUUGUGUAUUCUACAAAUUUUUGUUGAUUUUGCUUCAAUCACAUGUUUGAAUGGUGGAAUACCUGUUGUUUCUAUUUUUACAUUGAUUUAGGCUUACGUAAUUUGAGCUUUUUGCAGAGGACCUUUAAAGCACUAUAACUUUUUUCAAAAUAAUGAGUACUAGGAAACAGUUAAAACUUCCUGAUAUUUCUGACUAAAUGCAUUUGUUUGACUCAAAAAAUAUAAAAUUUAUUAAUUAUAUAAGCUGUUUAAAGACUCUAAAACAUAUCUUCACUUGAUAAUAGUCAGAACAGAUAGACAUACCUACGUUUUCCAUUCUAGAUUUCAAUUAUCAAAAUUAUGUAGAUUUGUUUUAAUUGAGAAUUCAGGUUUGUUCAUCAAGCAUAUAUUUCCAUUCUUCAUUUGAUGUCAAUUUUCUAAUUCCACCAGUUUCCAAUAUACAUAAGACAUAAAAAUAUUUAACCAUUUCUGUUUAUACAAUGAUUCGUUGUUACAUAGGUUUAACAUGGUGCUGUGCACUUUGGAUAAUUAACUUCUUCAGAUGAAGGUUGUUAUAAGCUGAUUUUUCAGUUCUCGACAGGAUUGUUUUUUGCUUUAAUAAGCUGAGUUAUAUUUUUUGUUUUAGCUAUAGAAGCAUUUAAAGUGCCUAAAAUUGAUGAUUUUUGUUAAGUUUUGUUUAUUAUUAUUAUUUUUUGUACAGAUUUUAUGUGCAAUAUUGAAUUAUUUUGUGUUCGUAGUUUUAACAAUAGAGAAUUUUUUGUUUAUUCAGUGCUAUAUAUAAUUGAGGAAACAUAUUCACUGCACGGAAAUGUUUAUAUGACACAAAAUUACAUAUAAGAAUAUAUUUUACCCCAUUUUAUGACUUGUAUAAUUGCAUUGUAUAACAAUAAAUUUAACAAUACAUUAGGUAACAUUUCUGUAAUGAAAAAUACCAUAUAUAAAUAAAUUGAUAUUCAGAAUUAUAUUUGCAAAAUUUGAUCCAAGUCACUGUGCAAUCCAGUAUAUUGUGUUCAAUCAGUUUAACUUCUCUAUUGCUUUACUUGUUUUCUCUACAAUGAAUAUUUCCUUGUGCAAUAAAUGGCAAUCUUUGUUUUAAUGGUAGUAAAAUCGAGGUAAUAUUAUUCCUUUAUUAAAUUGAAAAUGAAUUUUAUUUCAAAGUAACAGCUUAAUUUUUUUCAGAAAGUUAUUAAUUUUAUAUUAAAAUUGAAUUUCCAAAGAAAAAACUUUUGUUUUUAACUCUUUGUUUUGUUUAAUUAUUCAUAAAUCCUAAAAAAUGGACAAAAGCUUUAAAACAAAAUUUGAAAUCCAGCGUAGAUUGUAUAGAAUUUUUGGACAAUCAUCUGAAUCGAUACUCCAAAAAUGAUAUUGGUUGUCAAAAUUGAAAAUCAAAACUGUUAUUUAGUUAAGAAAGACAUUGUUUAGAUUAGGUUUAGUUUAGAAAAUUAAUCUGAGAUAUAGGCCUCAAAAUUAGAAAACAUGAUACAUCAGAUUAAAACAAUAUCUUAAGCUUACAUUUUAUAAACAUAGAUUAAGUGCAGAUUUUCUUUUUUGCAUAAUGUGAAAAUAAAAUAAACAAGUUUAGUUUGUAAUCAGAAAAGUUUCUUUAUUUCUAUAACCAGAUAUUUGUGCAACAGUGAAACAGCAUAAUUAUUAUUUUCAGCAUUUUCCUAUUUUCCUACAUUGAUAAAAUAAUAUUCAAGGAAAAGUUUGUGUAUUUUCCCUCAUUUCUGUUUUUAGCAGAUUGUUUAUUUAUGUCUAUCUGAAUGAAAAGCUGGCUUUUUAUGGUUGUUAAAUGUAUCAUAAAGAUAUACUUAUACUUUACGGUGUGACUUUGUUAGCAGUAAUCAUUGUAACAAAAAGUUCAUUUCGGUUGAAGAAAAAUGAAUUAAAAUGCAAUUGUAUAGGACUGAUAAUUCAUCUUCAUGUUUUAGGCUUUUUUGCUAUAAAUUUCCAAUCAAACAUCUACCAGUUAUAUUUUGGUACCACAUCACAUUUAUGUUUAUGUGGUACAUAAAAAAAUAAUAUUUGUGUGGUGCAUCAAACAGUUAUAUUUGUGUUUAGCAUCAAUUUUAAAUGCAUUUACAUAAUUGGAAAUGUUCAAUUGUAUUCCCUGCUAUCCAACUCAAAGCAUUAAGUUGCUGUGAAGGACUUUUAAACAUCCUCAAUAACCUUCUGUACAAACUUAUUAGAUACCUCAAGGUAGAUGGCAUCUAUUGAAAUAUUUUGAUAAAACAAAAUGGUUGCUGCACACAAAGACCACAUGAAUAUCACAUGUGUUAUUUUCUGUGUCAAUACACAAAAUUGACAUAAAUACAUAUAUUUGUUGAAUAUAUAAUAUACAUAUAUCUUUAAAAGUAUUUUUGCACAUGUAUGUGUUCAGUUGCACGAAAUCAACAUUUAAGCUCAUCAAAUCAUUUUAUAACACGAAUCAUCAACGUCAGUUGUUAAUGCUACAAUUUUUUGUUAUGCAGU